GAGCGAGCCGAUUGGAAGCAACCAGGCCUAGCCGGUUCCCCCGGCCGCUCUGGCCAAAGGAACCAUAAAGACCAAACUAGGACUUCUUCAUUUCCUCCUCUCUAUGGUUCCGCUUGCAGCUUCCGGUUCCGGGGCGGGGCCAAGUUACUUCGGGGGUUAGGGACUCUGUAGCACCGCUAGGAUGGCUGUGGUUUCGCUGCUGUUGUUCGGGGGAUUGUGGAGCGCGGUAGGAGCGUCCAAUCUGGCUGUGGUUACCUGCGGUUCUGUGGUAAAACUACUCAAUACGCGCCACAACGUGCGGCUGCACUCACACGACGUGCGCUACGGGUCAGUAAUCUCCAGGUCCGCCCAUGCUGUUGCAAACGGUAGUGGGCAGCAGUCAGUGACAGGUGUGACCUCUGUGGAUGACAGCAAUAGUUACUGGAGGAUACGGGGGAAGACCUCCACAGUUUGUGAGAGAGGAACACCCAUCAAAUGUGGCCAGCCCAUUCGGCUGACACAUGUCAACACUGGCCGAAACCUCCAUAGUCACCACUUCACCUCACCUCUUUCUGGAAACCAGGAAGUGAGUGCUUUUGGUGAGGAAGGUGAAGGUGAUUAUCUGGAUGACUGGACAGUGCUCUGUUCGGGGCCCUACUGGGUGAGGGAUGGUGAGGUGCGGUUCAAGCAUUCUUCCACCGAGGUUCUGCUGUCUGUCACAGGAGAACAAUAUGGUCGACCCAUCAGUGGGCAAAAAGAGGUGCAUGGCAUGGCUCAGGCAAGCCCGAACAACUACUGGAAAGCUAUGGAAGGCAUCUUCAUGAAACCCAGUGAGUUGUUGAAGGCAGAAGCCCACCAUGCGGAGCUCUGAGUCUGGAGGCUGUGAGCCACUGUCACCACACAGUGUUCAUAGACACCUGCUGCUGCUUCACCGUGGGAUCCCUGCCACGGGUUUCCUGGGCAUUGGCCAUGUCACCACUGAGAUGAAGAUGGUCGGCAGAAAACUGACUCUGUUUGGAGGCUUCGCCUUUUACAGUUGAAAUGGUUGUUCUCUCAGACUUGGAUCUGUUCUUUUUGAGUACAAGACUUGUUUGUGAAGGAGCAGGUGCUUUUAAUUCCUACUGAUAAAACAGAAACACAAAUUUCCUAGUUGGGAAAUUUUUACUCUUCAAAAACAUGGCAUCAUGGAUUAUUAAUGUGUGUGACUUUUCCCCUGCUUGCUUUCUCCAAAAUGCUAAAAAAGAAUUUCAUUGUUA